AUGGCUGCAUCAUCUUCUCAACGUCUAAAGGGUAUUCUAUCAGUAACUGUACUGAAAGCCAACAAUUUAAUCAAGAGUGAUUUAUUUGGCGAAAACGAUUGUUAUGCAAUCAUUUCACUUGAACCUCUCACUAAUCAAUCGAAAGUAAAGGCUGGAAAGCAGACACAACAAACAGAAACAUAUCAGAAGACACAAAUUCACGAUGGUUGUCAUCCGAUUUUCAAUGAGAAACUUCUAUUUCCUGUAGCACAAGAAUUAGAAGCAUUAUACGUUCAAGUAUGGGAUUCAGAUAUUGGCAAAGAUGAUCUUUUGGCUUAUGGAACAUUGAAUUUGCUCGACGAUGAUCAAGGUGGUCAAUUAAAUACGAAUACGAAUAAAGAAUGGCUUCAUACCGUAACCAUUCCUAUGAUAAAUGAAAAACGUGGAGAUGGUGGUACACUGGAACUCGUCCUUCACUUUGUCCCAGAGACAGUCGCUGUCUAUAUUAGCAAAAAAUUCAAUGCUGCUCAAGCAGACCUGAAGAAAAAAUUGACACAACAAAUAGUAGCAAAAAUGACCAACGUAGCUACAGAUCGCAUUCAAGGAUACAUGGGCAUUGGUGAUUGA